AUGCGCGGGAGGAGCCAGUUUCCGCGAGAAAUGCCUCUUCUCAUGGACAACUUGCACGUACGUGCAGAAAUAUCUGACGGAGCACUGCAAAACGCUCGCCUACUGCUUUUUUCCGGCCAACACCACGGACGCAUGCUGAAGGUUGAGGUUGGGAGGCAGCUGGAUGAUUGGCUCAAGCAGGCGGACAACAUCGAAAAGUGGGAAAGCAACGGGUUGAUGGCGUCUGACCGGCGCGUACUGAUCACGCAAUGGGUUGGGGCAGCCGCGGAGGACAUGAAUAACGGCGGAUCCAGCGACGAAGACGACGAAGGCAAGUUGGAUUUUCUGACAAUGAUGAUGUUGCUGGGAUUUCGAACGCCGCUCUCUGCAGACACGGCCCGCGGCCAGAACGACGAGCUGAGUCUCCUGGACGAAGACGACACUAUGGGCCCGGCCGAUGAGAUUCUCGGCAUGGAGGUUCCGGACGGUUUUAGCCUUCAAGAGGCUACGGCCGCUGCUCUUGACAAUUCCCUACUGCAGCGUCUAGUACUCGUUUCGCUGAGCAUAGACUGGUUUGCCGGGCUGAUCACUCGGCAAUCUCAACAACGUACCCGCCAACCCGACUACUACCGUGUGCUUUUCGAUCUGGACGAAAGUACACGCAGCACGAAGUUGCCGUUGAAGAGGUACAGUGGAGAUCCGGAUGCGGUUGUAGGGUCGUGGGUUUUGCUGGAGGGGAACACCGUAGACGAGGGGGCAGAUCCUACCAUGGCAGAGUAG